CAAGGUUUAUAAAGAAUGUUAAAUUUUAUCUUUGCUUUCAAUCUAAUGUUCAUCAUUAAGCAUAAUAACAGGUUACAGUCAAAUCUAAGAUGUUAAUUUGAACAGGCAUUGAUUCUGUCGUGAUGAACACACUACAACUUGAGCACAAUGGCGGGGCAAAGGAGUAUCCUGAGUGCUGAAGCCCUGAGCAGGUGUGCAGACUUGGGCAGGAGGAUCUCUCAACAACACAGGAAGAGGCGGUAUCCAUGGCAACCAGGCUUGGAAUUUGAUUGGCUACCGUCUGUGUUGGAGGAAAAGUUGAAAGAUGGAAGCAGUUGCAUGGGUUCACACCAGAGUUUGGCAUUUGAACACUCCAAGGAGCAAGAUUCAUCAAAGAAGGCAGCUCUACAAACUUCACAAAACUCCAAAGAUAAAAUGCCAAGAGAAGUUGAACUUGACAAGUUAAGUCAAGAAGCAGACAAUGAAGUGCCAAAUUUUAGGAUAGAUGACAAAGUUUUUGAUGGAAAUGGAGAAAAGAGUAUUGAACCAGACAUUCAAAAGGGCGACCAUUUUGAUGGGAAGACCACAGAAGGAGAAAGUACAUCACCAAAUUUUGCUGCAGUACCACCUCCACCAGACAUACAAGUUCAAGAUGACGUUGAGUUGGUUGGAGAGUCAUCUUCCAAGGAACCACAUACAUGUAACAAGGAGUUGAUUUCUAAGGAGAUAAGUGAUGUCUUAACCGAGUUGCACCAAAGAUGGACUCAAGGAGAACAGGUUGAGUUUGGACCAGAGUACCAGUUCUUUACAAGCUGUUCACCACGGCAGAUGGAGAGUGCCUGUUGUGAGCUUCUUAAACUUGGGCUGUCUGAAGUUGCCAUGUGCGGCGCCUGUCAUUUCAUGGCACAAGUGACACCACCUCCCAGCCAUACCAACUGCUGUGUUUUUAUCAGGCAGUGUCUUCUACCUCAGCUUCCUGACACAGAGAAUGAGUCUGCAUCAAGGAUGUUGUCGGCAGCUAUGGUGGAGUUUGCAAGGAAGUACCCACGACCGUUUGUUGAGACUGCUGUGAUGCCCCUGCUGACCAGGAUGGGAGAGGGCAGCUGGCUGUGGGACGUCCUGAAAAGGCUGGUUACUGAACCAGACACACAACAACAGGAUCUUGUAUCCAUUCUCCAAGUGCUGUAUGGAGCUGAGACUUGGUCUGAGUCCACAGUAGCCUUACUGCAGACAGUUGUUAACCAGAAGCCUCCACUGGACACCACUUCACUGUCUGAUCUCACCACAGCGACUCAGGGGCAGGCAGAGAAGUUGAACUCUAAUCUGAAGUUCACAAAGCUGGUACUGGCUAUAAUUAAGACAUAUGGGAAGGAUAUGUCUCAAGAUGAUGUACGGAGGUUGACUAUGGUCCUGGACUGUAACCAAACUUUCCUGAAGAGAGCAGCUUCUGCAGCUCUCAAAAGAGUUACAAAAUAAAGAAUGGACCCAGGGUGA